CGGCUUAUAAAUCCGAGCAUCUGCCGACGACGAAGCUCACUGCGAACUCAAGGGAUGGCUUCCGUUUCUAUAUCCCACCUUCCAUUGAAGGUACGUAUUGCAGUUUUCUUCCUCUCCACCCUCAUGAAUAUCUCUCGCCGACGUAAUGGUACCCUCAACCGCCGUCUCUUUGACUUCUUCGACCUUAAAGCCCCACCCACUCCCAACCCCAUUGACGGCGUCAUGUCCUCCGACGUCACCGUCGACUCCUCCCGCAACCUCUGGUUCCGUCUCUUCACACCCACGAUCUCUACCUCGUCCACCUCCCUUCUUCCCGUCGUGGUCUACUUCCACGGCGGCGCCUUCUCAUUCCUGUCCGCAUCAUCUCCCCCCUACGAAGCCGUUUGCAGACAACUCUCCCGUUCGAUUCCGUCCGUCGUCGUCUCCGCGAAUUACCGCCUCUGCCCAGAACACCGUUUUCCGUCUCAGUACGACGACGGCUUCGACGUCCUGAAGUUUCUCGACUUGAACGGUGACGCUCUGCCCGAUAUUGCUGACUUAUCAAGGUGCUUCUUGGCGGGUGACAGUGCAGGCGCCAACUUGGCCCAUCACGUGGCGGUCCGGGUUUGCCAAGAGGAACUCCAACGUGUGAAAGUGAUCGGCUUGGUUUCGAUACAACCAUUUUUUGGAGGUGUGGAUAGGACCGAAUCCGAGAUCCGACUCGAUGGAGCCCCAAUAACAUCGGUAGGCAAUACUGAUUGGAUGUGGGAAUUUUUCCUGCCGGAUGGGUCGGACCGGGACCAUGAGGCGGUAAACGUGACGGGGCCUAACGGGGUGAAUAUUUCGGCCAUGAAUUUCCCGGACACAAUCAUAUUUGUGGGCGCCCUAGACCCGUUACUAGACCGGCAGAGGAAGUACUAUGAUUGGCUGAAGAAAUCCGGGAAGAAGGCAGAGAUAAUCGAGUAUCCAAACACGAUCCAUGCAUUUUACUUUUUUCCAGAAUUGCCCCAGUCAUCUCAGCAAAUUUACCGUGUGAGGGAUUUUGUGAACCAGCGAUUGAGCCAGAUGAAAUGAUUGGGAUUUUUUUUCGAAGGCACAAUAUGACCAUAUUAGAGAUAAUUUUGUUCAAAACACUAU